AAUAUGGCAGUUACCAUGGUCUGGUGGUUGGUUCAUUUGCAUAGUUUUCGCAACAGGGCUUUGGUUCCGCUACGCUUCUGUUGUGAUCACUCAUCUCGAAAUAAACAUGACAAGUCGAUGGUGUGUUAGAGUUAUCAACAAAGGAAAAGUGUCGUGGAGAUUUGAGGCUGCUUAAUUUUUCUACCUUACUUUCAGGUAGGCCUUACAUGACAAAGUUGACUCUACCGACAAAGUAUUCAUUCUAGAAGACUAAGAUACGACGUGAGCAUAAUCAAGAAGUAAAAGGUUAUCUUUUUUAAGGUUUUUCUCCAAGUGAAGAUUACCAUGGCUGAAUCGAACAGAACAGUCAAUACAGUUUAUAAAGUUUGGUCGAUAAAUGGCAGUGAGUUUAUCGUCGCCCUGAUUUUACUAGGAAUCAUCUCACUGGUUGGUUUAUUCGGUAACUCUAUAGUUGCUUCUAUUAUUGUUUCAAGUCGACGGCGCGGUCGGCGGUCGGCCGUGCAGUUGUUUCUCCUUCACCUGGCGAUUUCAGACUUGCUUGUAUGUAUAGUGUGCAUACCACUGACUAUAUGGAUCAAUUUCUACUAUCCAGAACAGGACAAACCAGGAGCUGGUGCGGUGUGUAAGAUAGCACGAUACGUCCAGUUUCUCGCGCCAUCCAGCUCUAUCUGUUUACUAACUGUGAUCAGCAUUGAUCGUUACUACUCUCUGGUUCGUCCAUUGCAAGCGAUGAAAACUUGGCUCCGCCCUAAAGUUCUAAUCAGUGCGGGAUGGAUCUACGGAGGCAGCAUUUUCCUUCCUACGUUCUACUUCGCUGACACCGAGGAUAUCCAAUCAGGAAACGAAACGUUUUGGUAUUGCCGUACCAUUCCUAACAACACAACAGCCGGUUUCAUCUACCUGUUGUUCCUUUCCAUCUUUGGAUUCGGUAUUCAGUUAAUCACUAUAAUUGUGUUGUACAGUCGCGUGGGAAAGGCAGUGUGGAGCCGAGAAAGAAAAAUUUCUCGCUCUGGAACACUGUCCAGGGCUACUUCAGAAUCGCUGGACAAAACAAGAAAACGCGUCACUAAGAUGCUUUUAAUUGUCGUUAUAUGCUUUCUCCUCUGUUGGGCGCCGUUUGUCAUAUACACUGGCUUCAUUGAGAGAUCAGUUGCCCCAUUCCCUAAUCCAGCCGAUACUGUACGAGUUAUUACCUAUGGCUUUGGGCUUUUCAAUUCAGUUUGCAAUCCAUUCAUCUACUUUUUUAACAGCCCAAAUUUUCGGAGAGAUUCCCUACGCAAAGUUUGUUUGGAAGUCAUAGAUGCAAUUGGACAAGAUGAAAACAAGGCCCACCGCUCAGACAGCACAACAAGGAGUUCAGUCGUGGCAAGUAAAACAGACUCGGUUGUGGGGCCAACCGAAAUAAACGGUUCACAACAAAAUGGCAUUGACAACGAUGUGCGUGAUAACCAGACUCACGAUACCAGACUUUAAAACGUGGACCUGUUCGCUAUCUGUGACCAGAUCUGACUUGUACAGUGAGCUGGAAAAUACAGGUUUUCCAGCAGCUAAAAGUUGAGACAGGAAUGAAAUCUAUGAUAGGAGAUUUUCUAGAAUCCUGACGUUGUGUGGUGUCAGUGAUAUAUUAUUCAGUGAGGAUCAAGUAAGUUACUUAGGUGAUUAGAUAGAUGCGCUCUUUUCGGUCGAGAAUUGUACCACAGUCUAGUUAUGAUCCCAUCAAACACAGUAAUGAUUACUAAUUUUGAAAAUCGAAGUAGGGACAAAUGAAAAUUUAUGAAUUGCAUCUAGUUCCAAUUGAGUAAUUAUACUAACACAGUCAAUGGAUGUUGUCGUAUAAUCAAUUACUAAACUCAGUUUCACAACAGAAUAAGGUGCUGUAAAUCAGAAAUUUAUUACUCGCUUGAAAUUUGCACGUAUAUGUAUUAUUUUAAACUGUUUAUGACAUUACUCAGUCAACUGUCAUGGAAAUCGCGAAGGAAAGAAAUAACAAGCUUCGUUGUAAAACAGGGAGAGACGCCUUAGAUAUUACCUGAGCUGCUGUGGAAGCAAUAUGAAAUUCUCGACUCUGUCAAACGCGAGAUCAUUAAUGCAUCAAUGAGUUUUUCUAAUCGAGAUAAUCUCAUGAGUCUUAGUCAAAAAGCCUCCGUCGCAUUAUAAUAUGAUUCUGAUUAUGUAAAAAAAUGAAUAUAUUCUCGCUGUGUAUGAUACGCUGCUAAUUCAAAAUAUAUGAUCCAGUCA